AUGGACAAAAAAUUAAUUAAUUUAGAAAAUGUUGUUUCAGAAGUUUUAGUUGAAUCACCAUCAUUUUCCUUUAAUUGUGCACAUUUUAUUGCUUAUAAAGGAUUUAAAGAAAAACUACAUGGACAUAAUUAUAAAGUUUCUUUAAAAAUGAAAGGUUCUAUACAGAAUGAUGGUUAUGUAAUAGAUUUCUCUAUUUUGAAAGAUGUAAUUAAAAAAAUUUGUAAAGAACUAGAUCAUCGCUUUAUAUUACCUAUUUAUAGUGACGUUUUAAAAAUUGAGAAAGUGAAUAAUAACAUAAAAAUUACAUGUGAAGACAAUUCAGAAUAUUCCUUCCCAGAAAGUGACUGUGUUGAAAUACCUAUAAAACAUUCUUCCUCAGAAGAAAUUGGAAAUUAUAUUAUAGAAAGAGUAAUUGAAGAAAUAGAUCUAUCAUUUUUAAAAUCAAGAAAAAUUAAUUAUAUUGAAAUGUGUGUAAGUGAAUCACCAACACAAAAGGCUAUAUUAUAUAAAUAUUUGUAG